GGUCGGCAGAUUAUGGUGCGACGGGACUGGAGUGAGGUGGCAACUGGCAAGAAGCAGACCCUGGUACAAAAAGAGGUGACUCUCUUUAGCUGUGUCACAGUUUGUUUAACAACAGGUCCUGUACUCCGAAGAAGUGCUCCUUCAAUUGACAAGGUCCUGUUCGUCUCAGUGCUGCCAUGUCGGCAAAAGCCAUCUCCGAGCAGACAGGAAAAGAGUUCUUGUAUAAGUACAUCUGCACCUCAGCGGCCGUUCAGAAUCGCUUCCGCUAUGCCAGUGUCUCAGCUGAGACCGACUGGGACUGCCUCACACAGGAGCAUCCGUGGCUGCUAACAGAGCCUCUGGUGGUAAAGCCAGAUCAGCUUAUAAAGAGGCGCGGGAAGCUCGGGCUGGUUGGCAUCAACCUGCAUCUACAGGGUGUCAAAGAGUGGCUCAAAGCCCGCCUCAUGAAGGAGACCACUGUGGGGAAGGCAAAGGGUGUGCUGAAGAACUUUCUCAUUGAGCCUUUUGUUCCUCAUACCCAGGAGGAGGAGUUUUAUGUGUGCAUUUAUGCCACCCGUGAGGGCGACCAUGUGCUCUUCCACCAUGAGGGAGGAGUGGAUGUGGGUGACGUGGACGCCAAAGCCCAGAGGCUUUUGGUGGCAGUGGAUGAGAAGCUGAGCGAGGACCAAGUUAAAGAGCAGCUCCUCACACAGGUUCCUGAUGAGAAGAAAGAAGUCCUGGCAAAUUUUAUAGUGGGGCUCUUCAACUUAUAUGAGGACCUUUACUUCACCUAUCUUGAGAUCAACCCUCUAGUUGUAACCAAGGAUGGAGUGUACGUCCUUGAUAUGGCAGCAAAAAUUGAUGCUACGGCAGAUUACAUCUGCAAGGCUAAAUGGGGAGAAGUGACAUUUCCACCACCCUUUGGCAGAGAAGCAUAUCCAGAGGAGGCAUACAUAGCUGACCUGGAUGCAAAGAGUGGUGCCAGUCUGAAGCUGACUCUGCUGAACCCUCGUGGAAGGAUCUGGACCAUGGUGGCUGGAGGAGGGGCUUCAGUGGUCUACAGUGACACCAUCUGUGACCUUGGCGGCGUGGAUGAGCUGGCUAACUAUGGCGAGUACUCUGGUGCACCCAGUGAACAGCAGACCUACGACUACGCUAAAACCAUCCUCUCUCUCAUGACACGGGAGAAACAUUCUCAAGGGAAAGUGCUGAUCAUUGGAGGAAGUAUUGCCAACUUCACUAAUGUAGCAGCAACAUUCAAGGGCAUCGUCAGGGCCAUCAAAGACUACCAAGGACCCCUGAAGGAGCAUGAGGUCACCAUCUUUGUUCGCCGUGGAGGGCCUAAUUACCAGGAGGGGCUGAGGGUCAUGGGGGAAGUAGGGAAGACCACUGGUAUCCCUAUCCAUGUGUUUGGUACUGAAACCCAUAUGACGGCUAUUGUUGGAAUGGCUCUGGGCCACCGUCCAAUCCCUAACCAGCCCCCAAUGGACGCUCACACAGCCAACUUCCUCCUCAAUGCCAGCAACAGUGCAGCGACUCCAGCUGCAACUAGGACAGCUUCAUUCUCUGAACCUAGGACGUCCAAUGAUUCGACUCCAGCCAAGAAGUGCAAAGGAGGUCUUCCUGCAGAAGCGCAAGCCUCUUCAGGCUGCAGCGGAGCUAAAGCCACCACGCUCUUCAGAAAACACACCAAGGCCAUGGUUUGGGGCAUGCAGACACGCGCCGUGCAAGGCAUGCUGGACUUUGACUACGUUUGCUCCCGAGAUGAACCGUCUGUGGCAGCCAUGGUCUACCCCUUCACUGGGGAUCAUAAGCAGAAGUUCUACUGGGGCCACAAAGAGAUCCUGGUGCCUGUCUAUAAGAACAUGGCCGACGCCAUGAAGAAGCACCCAGAGGUGGACGUCAUGAUCAGCUUUGCUUCACUGCGCUCAGCCUUCGACAGCACAAUGGAGGCCAUGCAGUACCCACAGAUCGACACUAUCGCCAUCAUAGCAGAGGGGAUCCCUGAAGCUCAGACGAGGAAGCUGAUCAAGAUGGCUGACAAGAAAGGUGUCACUAUCAUCGGCCCUGCUACGGUCGGUGGCAUCAAGCCGGGCUGUUUUAAGAUUGGUAACACAGGCGGCAUGCUGGACAACAUCCUGGCUUCCAAACUGUAUCGUCCUGGCAGCGUGGCGUAUGUGUCGCGCUCUGGAGGCAUGUCCAAUGAGCUGAAUAACAUCAUCUCUCGCACCACAGACGGUGUGUAUGAAGGGGUGGCCAUAGGAGGAGACAGAUAUCCAGGCUCUACCUUCAUGGACCAUGUCCUGCGUUACCAGGACACUCCAGGGAUUCAGAUGAUAGUGGUGCUGGGAGAGAUUGGAGGCACAGAGGAGUACAAAAUCUGCCAAGGCAUCAGGGAGGACAGGAUAACCAAGCCUGUGGUAUGCUGGUGCAUUGGAACCUGCGCCACUAUGUUCACUUCAGAGGUUCAGUUUGGUCAUGCAGGCGCCUGUGCCAACCAGGCUUCAGAAACAGCAGUAGCCAAGAACCAGGCCCUGAGGGAUGCUGGAGCUUACGUACCAAAGAGCUUUGAUGAGCUGGGAGAUGUCAUCAAGACCGUUUAUGAUGAACUGGUGGCCAAUGGUACCAUCAUCCCAGCCCAGGAGGUGCCUCCCCCCACAGUACCUAUGGACUACUCUUGGGCCAGGGAGUUGGGCCUGAUCCGUAAGCCGGCCUCCUUCAUGACCAGCAUCUGUGACGAGCGGGGCCAGGAGCUCAUCUAUGCAGGCAUGCCCAUCACUGAGGUGUUCAAAGAGGAGAUGGGUUUAGGGGGAGUGCUGGGCUUGCUGUGGUUCCAACGCAGGUUGCCGCGCUACGCCUGCCAGUUCAUUGAGAUGUGUCUGAUGGUGACAGCUGAUCAUGGGCCUGCUGUCUCUGGAGCUCACAACACCAUUGUCUGUGCUCGAGCGGGCAAGGACCUCAUCUCCAGCCUUACCUCUGGCCUGCUCACCAUCGGGGAUCGUUUUGGAGGUGCUCUGGAUGCAGCUGCUAAACAGUUCAGCAAGGCAUUUGACAGCGGCAUGCUGCCCAUGGAGUUUGUCAACAAAAUGAAGAAGGACGGCAAGCUUAUAAUGGGCAUCGGACACAGGGUCAAAUCAAUAAACAAUCCAGACAUGAGGGUGCAGAUUCUGAAGGACUUUGUGAAGCGGCAUUUCCCCUCCACCCAGCUUCUCGACUACGCCCUAGAUGUAGAGAAGAUCACCACCUCCAAGAAACCAAACCUUAUCCUUAACGUAGACGGUUUUAUUGGUGUUGCUUUUGUGGACCUUCUGAGGACGUGUGGUGGCUUCACAAGAGAUGAGGCGGACGAGUUUGUGGAGAUCGGAGCGCUAAAUGGGAUCUUUGUCCUCGGUCGCAGCAUGGGCUUCAUUGGACAUUACCUGGAUCAGAAGAGGCUGAAACAGGGUUUGUACCGCCAUCCAUGGGACGACAUCUCCUACGUGCUGCCCGAACACAUGUCCAUGUAAUCCCCACAUCACAGAGCGGACCAGACUUCAAGUGUGUGACAGCGCACAUUGGUCAGGCAGCAUAAACACAUCUCACUAAACUUAUAAACAGUAUGAACUCUAUGGUAACAACAACAGCUGUCUUGGGAAGAAUUGGGAAAGGUGUUUCUGGAAAGUGGAAGUACUGUCUGUUUGAGGGAUCUGGGAAAGAAGUUUUUGAUGUAGUUUUUACGGAUUAAAGGGGAAGAAUAUAUUCAGAUAUUGCUUUGACGAAUUAUUUAAAGUCUGAUUUGUAACUUAUUCAGUUUUUAAUGAAGAACCAAACCAACUCAAAACUACAGCCGCUACAGAAGCACGAAGUCAAUCACUACUUAGACAAGAAAAAUUGCACAAACAACCUGUCAAAGGUGGUUGGUACGAGAACAGGAGUUAAUAGCUCCUGUGUUAGAGCUUGAAUCGUUUCAAAGCUGCUGAAGUAGAAUGUGUUUAAGAUCAGCAAUACAGUAGCCUCUUUUUUUUUUUUUUAAUACAAUUU